AUGUUGCUACUAUUGCGGCCGGACCACCUGGGGCUUGAUGCGACCUCACCCUGGAAAACCCGCUUUGUCCGCGUUUGUCACCCCACUGCCGCAGCUGAGCAUCUUGCCGCGGUGGACCAUAUUGUCAACGCGACCCCGUUGGGCGAGUUUGCGGGUAAGAGUCCGGUCUUGGGCAAGCGGAAACACUCGGAGCUGGUGAAGAUGGCUCCUGAGAAGCUGGCCGCGGAGAUCCUCCAUUUGAACGAGCAGCUGAAAAAUCAGACGCGCAAGCUGGAUGAGGUCGCGUCCGCGGUGCCCGGUGCUGAAUUUGCAGUGGUGAUCACGCAGAAGUACGAAGAACUCAAGGCCACGGUGGAGAAGGUGCUAACCCACGUGCAGAACACAUACCGGGUGAUACGAAGGGAAGCCAAGCUGGCCGCGAAGGAAAGGGCGGAGAAUCGCGACAUGCGGGAGGUGCUGAAACGCGCUCCGGAGUUUGCAGAGAAGGAGGCAGGGAAGAUGGCCGCGGAGAAGGAGGCCGGGAAGAAGGCCACGGACAAGGAGACAGUGAAGAGGGCCGCGGACAAGGAGACAGGGAAGAGGGUCGCGGACAAGGAGGCAGGUAAGUGUGAGAGCAGCAGCGGUGGGAAGCAGCAGAAAGGGGUCGCGAUGCCCCUUGCGUCCCCUCUGCGGCCCCUCCGAGACUCUGUCGCCGCCACCUACGGCCCCGUCGCCGCCACCUGCGGCCCCGUCGCCGUCACCUGCAGCCCCGUCGCCGCCACCUGCGGCCCCGUCGCCGCCAUCUACGGCCCCGUCGCCGUCACCUGCGGCCCCGUCGCCGCCACUUGCGGCCCUGUCGCCGCCACCUGCGGCCCCGUCGCCGCCCCCUGCGGCCCCGUCGUCGCCACCUACGGCCACGCACCCGCCACCUGCGGCCCCGCCGCCACCUGCGGCCUCGUCGCCGCCACCUGCAGCCCCAACGCCGUCACCUGCGGCCCCGUCGCCCUCCCCUAG